AUGAAUCUAAGCUUUUUUGAUCAAUUUAUAAGUCCAAUCCUAAUAAAUAUUCCACUUUUAGCCUUAGCCUUAACUUUACCAUGACUUAUCUACCCUUCCCUAACUAAUCGAUGAUUAAACAAUCGACUUAUCACACUACAAACUUGAUUUAUUAGUUUAUUUCUUAAUCAACUCCUUUCUCCUAUCAACAAAAAAGUUCAUAAAUGAGCAAUAAUAUUCUGUUCUUUAUUACUUCUAUUAAUUACCUUAAACCUACUAGGCUUAUUACCUUACACCUUUACACCAACAACUCAACUAUCAAUAAAUUUAGGUUUAGCUACUCCUCUAUGACUAGCUACUGUUCUAGUAGGUUUAAUUAAUCAACCAACUAUAGCUCUUGGUCAUCUACUUCCAGAAGGAACACCAACACCCUUAAUCCCUAUACUAAUUAUCAUCGAAACUAUUAGUCUUAUAAUUCGUCCCGUAGCUUUAGCUGUUCGACUAACUGCUAAUUUAACAGCUGGACAUCUCUUAAUACAACUUAUUGCUACCGCAGCUUUUGUAUUAAUAAAUUCAAUACCUACAGUAGCUUUACUAACUUCAUUAAUUCUAUUCCUUCUCACAUUACUAGAAGUAGCUGUAGCAAUAAUUCAAGCUUAUGUCUUUGUUCUUCUUCUAAGUUUAUAUCUACAAGAAAAUACCUAA